CUAGAAAUUUCAUUUGAUUAUUUAACAAAUGUCCAUUCUUCAAACGAGUAUUCGAAUUAUCGAAUGGACUAAUGUCUCUUUCCGGUUCGUCGCGUGCACGAAAUCGAGAAAUCGGCCAAAAUUCGAACCACUGCUGUUUCUUAGCCAAGCCUAGAGGUUACAAAAGGUUUGUCAGAAUUUAUCAGGGGGUUUUAUUUACACAUAAAACGACAAAAAGUCUGAUUUGACUGUUAAAAAAUAUUUUUUGAUAUUAAAAAUGAAGAAAUAAAUUUUAGAACAUAUGAAAAGUGCUAAAAAUACAUAUAAACUUUAAAAUCAUAAAGAAUUUAAACAGUUUAAAAAGUAAAUCCAGUCCACCAGUUCAAUUCCGGAUCCUCGUUUAUAUGCACAUCUCGAUUUUUACAUAUCGAGACCCAAAAAGCAAAUAUGUUUACUGAACAAUGAAAGUUCACGGUCUACCUGCGUGUGUGAAAUGAACCGAGAAAGCGAGAAAACACAUCCCGUACGACUACGACAAUGGCUGCGACUAUGAACACGACGAAUAACUACGAUCUGUUCGACGCAGCUAUUUACAACGCCAGAAUCUUCGACAGUCCAAAGACUUCUUAUUACUAUAGACCCGCUUUGAGGAAUUAUCACAACUUUUGGAAGAAUUUAGGCAACGAAUUGAAAGUUAUGGAGUUCGGCGGAGGCCCAACAAUUUAUUCCCUAGUCAGUGCCUGCACGCACGCAAAGGGCAUCACCUUUUGCGAGUACAACAAGAACAACAGAGCAGCAGUAUCUGCAUGGCUAGAGAAAAAGAAGGAAGCUUUUGAUUGGAGCAACUUGUUUGAGUAUAUCGUUUGUGAGUUGGAAGGAAAAAGCAAAGACGAAGCGUUGAAGCGGCAAGACGAAUUAAGAGAGAAAAUCAAAAUAAUCUUGCCAUGCGAUGUCAAGGAAGAUGACAUAGUUAAGUUUCCUGAAGGCAGCCAAGAUACAAGACCACCAUUUGAUGUUGUUUCGUCGAGCCUAUGUCUAGAAGUUGCUGUAGAAAGUGACGCUGAGUACGAAAUGGUGGUAGCUAAACUUGCAAACUUCGUCAAACCCGGUGGCUACCUUAUCAUGCAGGGAGUGCUCAAUGAAAGUCAUUACACGGUGAAUGGCGUGAUGUUUCACUCGUUUCCCUUGACCAAGGAGCUGAUAGUGCGAAGUAUUGAAAUGGCAGGAAUGACCGGAAUUGAAUUUAAGAAACACGAGUGCAAAGAUGACUCUAAGGAUAGUGAUCAUGACGGGCUAUACUUUGUCUCAGGAGUUAAAGUGUAAUUCAGAGAACAAAUGGCGGGGUAUGCGUUAGUUAACCCGGCAUAAUCGGUGACAAUUGAAGUAAGUGAUAGCUGAUAGAGAUUUAGACGGCACCACACACCACAGUGUCCAUAUCUUAACUAGUUUUUAUAUGAUUUCUGUAUAUCUGUUAUAUGAUGCCUGUAGCACUACUGCUCAGCAGAAAUCUGAUAUUCAUUGUUUUGUUGAACCAAUAAAUGGAGGAAAUAUC